UCUCAUCAUCUACAGCUUACAGUGCUCUGUAUGUCUGUGCCCAUUGGAUCUAAUCGACCCAAAACCAACGCCUAACCCCCAGCAGCCCUCCACCGUACCGGCGGCGGACGGCAACACGCGCGGGUGCCAUCCUCCUCGUCGGCGAUGUAGCAGCAAGAUCCUUACCAAGCAUUCCCUAAUCUAAUGGCGCUAGCCCACCGUAGCCGAGGGGUAAUCGCAGCAGGCUCCGAUUCGGAUCUCAGCUGCUAGGUAGCCCCACCGUCGUCGACCCUUCACCGUGGCCGGACGGACGGGGCUUGCUCCGUCCACAACAAGGUAACCAAAGAUCGAUUCUCUUAUCCAAACCGCUCCUCUCUCUGCUUCGGUCUACCACGUCGCCUCUGGCCGGUACAUUUUCUUUGGCAGCAUCAAAAAUUCAAUGUCUCCGAUCUUGAUAGCCAUGGUGGGCUGGUUCGUCUCACCCAUCAUCCGCUCGCUCCUGCCCAAGAUCCUUGCCGGCAUCGGCUUCGACGCAUCCAAGAAGCUCCAGGAGCUGGAGAUCCACAUCAUCCCAGAGCUGAAGAAGACGCUGCAGGCCGUGGAUCAGGAGAGGAUGAUGCAGAGAGGGAAUAGAGUGAAAACCGAUUUGGACGCGCUGGACAAGAUGGCCGCCAUGCUCAGGCACGCUCUCGAGGACGCCGAAGACAUCUUCGACGAUGCUCAGCACAAGGUCGUGCUCGGGUGCUGGCAUCACCUCUGUGGUGCUUUCACCUCUUGCAUUGCCCGUUGUAAAUGCUGCUGCGUCUGGAUUGCACACGUCGUCCACACAAAAUCUGGUCGGCUGCUGCAGUGGGCACGGGACAUCUCCCUGUCCCUGUUCCUCCUGCGCAGGCCGGAGGAGCCUGUUUUGGUGAAUGUCGGUGCUGCGGUGGUCUCAGCCGAGCCCGUUCAAGUGACUAUCGAUAUUCCGGCCUCUGCUGCGGCCUCUGACGAGACUUAUCCGGUGACUACUAGUUCAGAGGCCACCAAUGACAAUCCUGAUUUGGCGACUACCGGUGCUCAGGCCUCUGAUGAUGCUGAGGCUUCCGGCGACGAGCCCGAUCCGAUGACUACACCCUCAGAUUCCUUGUCGAGGCGGUGGCUCUCUUGCUUGUGCAGCUCGUUCGACUUGUUCAAGAACUCUUGUGCAUCACUAUACAACUGGUGGUUAGUUCAUGUGUUUCAGGCUGCCUGCUUUUACAGAGACUGGUCAUAUCAAGUGGUUGGCAUCAGAAAAUGCCCGGAGAAUGCCAGCUUAUUUGAUAUAUUAGAUAUAUUACUUACUGCUAUCUCAAGAGGGGAAUUGAAGAAAAGAAUACAGAAGGUAGAAAACACCGUCAGUGAAGUGAAGAGCUCAUCACUCUUGGUUCUGGCACACGAAAGCAAACCAAAUGAUAUUGCCAACAAAAACAGGAGACGACUUGGAGCUGCUAACAAGCGGGAGGUAUUUGGUCGAGAGGUGCUGCGUGAUAAUAUCAUGGCAAGGCUGCGUGAGACACCACAGGGUGAUGCUGCAAGCUCGAGGACUAGUCCAUGUUACUCUGCGAUUGGCAUAUAUGGCGUUGCAGGGUCUGGGAAGACUACCUUUGCAGGAUAUGUUCGAGAUUACAUAAAGGAGGAAUGCAAGGAGGAGAAACUUUUCGACACCAUCAUGUGUAUUCAUGUGUCAGAGACUUUCAGUGUGGAGGUUAUAUUUCAAGAAAUGUUGAAGGAUAUUACCGGAGACAGUCACUCCAAUAUUUCAGAUCAUGGGGUUCUAAACAAAAAGUUGAAGGAAGCAUUGCAUGGCAAACGUUUCUUGUUGAUAUUGGAUGAUCUCUGGGUGAAAAACAAGAAUGACCAACAACUGGAGGAACUAAUCUCUCCACUCAAUGGUCGGUUGAAAGGAAGCAAAAUCCUGGUGACGGCUCGAACAAAAGAAGCAGCUAGAGCUCUGUGUACCGAUGAACUUAUUGAAAUGCCUGAUUUGGAUGAGGAUCAGUACUUGGCGAUGUUUAUGCAUUAUGCUGGUAAAAGUAUUGCCGUUAAAGAAUUUGAACAAGUUGGGAGAGAGAUUGCCAAAAAGCUACACCGAUCACCUAUUGCAGCAGUAACAGUUGCAGGACGGCUUGGGGCAAACCCAAAUAUCAGUUUUUGGAAAAAUGUUGCAAAGCUUGACAUGUUGAAUGACACCAUGGAUGCUCUCUGGUGGAGCUAUAAGCAGCUUAAUCCAGACAUAAUGCGAUGCUUUGAAUUCUGCAAUAUUUUCCCCAGAAGAUUCAAAUUGGAUAAACACGACUUAGUUGGCUUGUGGAUAGCGCAAGGACUUGUAAAGACUAGUUGUCCAACAGAAGACAUGGAAGAUGUAGCUGAGGGCUACAUUCAAGAGUUGGUUUCAUGCUCAUUUCUGCGACCAGAUGAUUACUCUGAAGAAUGCUUUGCAAUUCAUGAUCUGCUGCAUGAUUUAUUAGCCAAGGUUGCUGGAAGUGAUUGCUUCAGAAUUGAGAACACAUGGAGCCACAUAGGAGAAGGCUGGAAGGGAGAAGUCCCUCGAGAUGUCCGCCAUCUUUUUGUUCAGAAUUAUGAUGGGGAAUUGAUUACCAAGAAGAUCCUUGCAUUGGAAAAUUUACGCACCCUCAUCAUCUAUGUUGUUGGAGGUACACCAGUCGAGGAAAAAGUCAUUGAGAGUAUAUGCAAGAGGCUGCCGAAAUUGCGGGUACUAGCCAUUGCUUUCACCAAGAAACAUUUUGGAAUGAGGAAAUCCAACAAGUUAUCGGUCCCAAAAUCUAUUGCUCAGUUAAAGCACCUACGCUAUCUUGCUUUCAGGACAGAUAUGUUAUGCUCUAUAACUUUACCAAGGGCACUAACGAAACUUCACAAUAUCCAGCUACUAGAUUUUAGCGGCGGCCGAAUGUUGGAAUUCCCCUUUGCUGACCUUGUCAACUUGCGGCACAUGUUCUGCUGGCCAAACUUGAAAUUCCCUAACUUGGGCAGGCUGAUCUCACUCCAAACACUACCAUGCUUCACAGUAAGCAAUGAACAGGGUUAUGAGAUAAGGCAGCUGAGGGACCUAAACAAGCUUCAAGGACGACUGAGAAUCAAGGGCCUGCAAAAUGUUAAAAGCAAGGAGGAAGCUCUUGAAGCCAAUCUAGCUGCCAAGGAACGGUUAACAGAACUGAGUUUCGAAUGGGAUGAUGAUACCAGGUGCAGUUCAGAAGUUGAAGCAGAGGUACUUGACGGCCUGUGCCCUCCUGCGGGGCUUCAAAAACUUGAUAUAUUUGGAUACAGAGGUUCAAGGUACCCAGAUUGGAUGGUGGGUAAGCAGAGCGGUGGCCCAGAGGGCCUGCGAAAUCUUUUUCUCGGGGGAUGCAGCCAACUAGGACCUGGUCCUGAAUUUGAUGCUUUCCCUCAUCUUCGUGUGCUCGAGAUUUACUCCUGCAGCUGGGACUCAUUACUAGGCAACAUGGAGCACCUCGCGUUGCUCAAGGUACUGCAUAUCGUGGGAUGCAAGAAUAUCCGGUCUCUUCCAACACUGCCCCAGUCUAUUGAGCAAUUGUAUCUUGCUUCCUGCAGCGAUGAGUUGACGGAGUCGUGUAAAACAGCCGGACAUCCAAACUGGCAAAAGAUUGAGCACAUCCCCAGGAAAGAUUUUUUGUGAUCCAGCAAGUAAGAAUAGAGGCAGUGAAGGACACGUGUGAUGGUCUUGAAUCAAUCCAGAGAGGCUUUAGGCAUCGCAAGACAGUGAAGGGCAUUUGAACAAGUUGGCUGGAACUUCCAGCGAAACUGCAGGUCCCCUUUUCCACCGACAGGAUGUGUUGCUGUUUCUUGAAUGUUGUCUCGCGUUUCUCCUUUAUUACCUCGUUUUGAAGUGUUGUAUGAUAUUAAAAACCUAAGGGCGACGACUGGGAACGCAAUCACCCCCAACAUGCCAAGAAACGCCGAUUUGGCCCCAGACGGCUCUUUUUCGGCGUCCCGGGGGACCGAACGGCUGGAGAUGCUCUAACAGUGUGAAGAGGAUCAAAAUUAAAGUGGACAUUGUGCGCAUGCAAUGGCUCACUGCCCAAAGCUGACGCGCCAUGUCUCAUCCACAUCAUCUCACCUUGUAGCUAGCUAGCCACACAACUGGAGACAAGUGGAUUAGUGUGUGUGUCACGGGCGCCAACGCGCUCUCUCCUAUGACGGGUAUUUACAGACUUUUAUUGCGUGAAAUGUGUUGAUGAUAUUUAUGUAGUUUGUUCAAGGGAGUUUUUGCUUUUUGGGAGCCCAACAAAUGUACUCCAAUUCCAGGA